AUGAGAAGUGACAACCAAAGCUUUUUGGGGGACCCCCCUAAGGACUUCAUCCUUCUGGGUGUUUCUGAUAGGCCAUGUCUGGGACUUCCUCUCUUUGUGGUCCUCCUGGUGUCCUAUGUUCUGUCCAUGUUGGGGAACAUUUCCAUCAUCCUGGUGUCCCAGCUGGAUCCCCAGCUCCACAGCCCCAUGUAAAUCUUCCUCAGCCACCUCUCCUUCCUGGACCUCUGCUAUACCACCACCAAGGUCCCUCAGAUGCUGGUCAACAUGGGCAGCUCCAGCAAGACCAUCAGCUACAGUGGCUGCACUGUACAGUAUGCAAUUUCCACUAGUUGGGAUGCACUAGCACCCAUGGCUCUGGACUGCUACGUGGCCAUCUGUGAACCCCUCUGAUACACCAUUAUCAUGCACUGCCCUCUCUGCCAGCAGCUUGUGGUUGUGGCCUGGCUCAGUGGCUUUGGCAACUCCCUUGUUUAGGUAGUCCUGAGAGUACAGUUGCCUUUCUGUGGGCAAAAGGUGCUAAACAACUUCUUCUGUGAGGUGCCAGCCAAGAUCAAGCUAGCGUGUGCUGACACAGCUGUGAAUGACACCACACUGGCUGUGCUGGUGACCUUCUUUGUGCUGGUCCCCCUAGCUCUCAUCCUUCUCUCCUAUGGCUUCAUUGCUCGUGCAGUGCUCAUGAUCCAGUCCUCCAAGGGAUGGCACAAGGCAUUUGGGACCUGUUCUUCCCACCUGGUGGUGGUCUCCCUCAUCUACCUACCUGCCAUCUACUUGUACUUGCAACCUCCUUCCAGCUACUCCCAGGAGCAGGACAAAUUUAUCUCCCUCUUCUAUUAAAUCACACCCACCCUCAAUCCCUUCAUCUAUACCCUGAGAAACAAGGAUGUAGAGGGUGCUCUUAGAAGACUCCUGGCAAAGGGGGUACCUUCAACAUGGUGGAGGAGUUCUCAACCAGAAACACACAGUAGUGAUAUUGGUUCCAUCUCAAGUCAUCUCACCUGA